AUGAGUUCUGCCGGGGGAGAUGCAAAGCUGUUCGCUAGGGGCAAAGUCGCCGAGCUGCGACAGGAACUCAACAGCGGCGGCAAGAAAGACAAGAACCACUCGGCCAAGAAGAUCGCUCUGAAGAAGAUUGUCGCCAACAUGACUAUGAGUAAUAACGACAUGAUCGCUUUGUUUCCGGACAUUGUCGACUGUAUGAAUUUGCAGAGUUUAGAAAUAAAGAAGAUGUGCUUUUUAUUCCUUGUUAACUAUUCACGGAUGAAGCCCGAAAUCGCAUUAAAGGCCCUGCCUAUUUUGGUUAAUGACAUGGAUGCAUCGAACCCACUUGUUCGCGCUUUAGCACUUCGAACAAUCGCAUAUAUCCACGUUCGAGAGUUUGUCGAGGCUACUGUCCAGCCGCUAAAGCGCCUGAUGGAUGAUAUAGACCCCUACGUUCGCAAGACUGCCGCCUUCUGUGUUGCGAAACUCUACGAGCAUGAUAAGAAGAUGGUCGAGGCUUCUGACCUAAUUGAUCGACUGAAUUCGAUGCUGAAGGACGAGAAUCCAACUGUCGUAUCAAGCGUUCUGGCUUCAUUGGUGGAUAUCUGGGGCCGGAGUGAAACCAUAUCUCUGACGAUUGAUUACUCAAGCGCGUCUAAGUUGGUAUCUAUUUUACCGGACUGUUCAGAAUGGGGCCAAUCCUAUAUUUUGGAGGCCCUCAUGUCCUAUGUUCCCCAAGACUCCGCCGAAGCUCUUCUAUUAGCGGAACGCAUCGCUCCUCGACUCUCACACUCCAACUCCGCUGUCGUCCUCACCUCCAUCCGUGUCAUGCUUUACCUCAUGAAUUACAUUGCCGACGAGCGGCAUCUCACGUCACUCUCAAAGAAGCUAUCGCCUCCUCUUGUGACGCUCCUGUCGAAACCGCCAGAGGUGCAAUAUCUAGUACUCCGUAAUGCCAUACUUAUCCUGCAGAAGAGGCCGGAAGUUUUGCGAAACGAUAUCCGGGUCUUCUUCUGUAAUUAUAAUGAUCCGAUCUAUGUCAAGGUGACAAAGCUCGAGUUGAUAUUUAUGUUGACCACGAAGGAAAACAUCUCGGUUGUGCUGGCAGAACUGAGAGAAUAUGCAACCGAGAUCGAUGUUCACUUUGUGCGCAAGGCUGUCCGUGCGAUUGGGAAACUAGCCAUCAAGAUCGAGUCCGCUGCGAAACAGUGUAUCGACUGCCUCUUGGAAUUGGUAAACGCAAAAGUGCCGUAUAUCGUGCAAGAGGCGACGGUUGUCAUCCGCAACAUCUUCCGGAAAUACCCCAAUCAGUACGAGAGCAUCAUCGGCCAAGUCAUCCAGAACAUCGACGAGCUGGAUGAGCCAGAAGCCAAGGCAGCCAUCAUCUGGAUCAUCGGUCAAUAUGCAGACCGCAUUGAGAACUCACCUGAUCUCCUCCAGGACUACCUCGCCACUUUCCACGAUGAAACCGUCGAAGUGCAACUCGCUCUCCUAACAGCAACCGUCAAGCUCUUCAUCCAACGCCCAACAAAGGGCCAGCAACUCGUUCCUGAAGUACUGAAAUGGUGCACUGAGGAAACAGACGACCCUGACCUCCGCGACAGAGGAUACAUGUACUGGCGCCUUCUUUCCUCCGACCCAACCACAGCACGCCAAGUCGUGAUGGGCCAGAAACCGCCCAUCUCCGCGGAAAGCGAGAAACUCGACUCGCGCACCCUCGAAGAACUCUGCCUAAACGUCGGCACUCUCGCAACCGUCUACCUCAAGCCCGUCCAGCAGGUCUUCCGGGCCGCGCGCACCCGACGCCUACAAUACAGCCCCGCCCUCCCGAAACCGCAGGAAGAACUCGGCGCUAACAACUGGCAAAUCCCGACGCCCAUUCCAGGGCCCAACCCGGUAACCUCGCCAACCGCCGCCGCGACUGGAUCAGCCACGACCGCAGCGGGUAACUCAACUGCGGCCGUCGAUGCAGCAGACAGCUACUUUAACAGCGUUGCCGUGGGCACCCAGCAGAUGGCCGCGCUGGACCUGGGUGGUCGCGAGGACGGCGGGUUUGGUGGCGGCGGCGCCAUGCAGACGCAGUAUGUCGUCAACCAGAGCCAGCAGCAGGCUUAUCAGCCUCACUUGGCUGGGGGAGCGGCGACGGGGGAGCUUUUAUUGCUGUGA